UACUUUUUUUUUUUAACCCAAUUAUUUUCGUAUUUCUAUUUCUUACCCCUCAAUUGGUGAGCACCAUUGUAGGAGUCCACAUAAAAAUGGCGACUUUGGUACCCCUGAGCAAUGAAACCCAGAUAGUUCAGAGCAUGUGUGCAGCCGUACCUAAGGGUAGCUGGAACAAUCUCUUGAGACCCAAGAUUGGAUCUAAUCUCUCCACAACAACCGUUCACCAGAGUUUAGUUGAGAAGAUUGCCUGCAAGGAUUUCUGGUCAACUCUAUCGGUUUUCAGUGCUUUAGCGAGGCUUCAUGACGAAUCAGAUGUGAAUUCUUAUAUUUUUAGCUGGCUUGUGAUAGCUUAUGCGAAUACCAAGAUGACACUGGAAGCUCUUCAGGUUUUUAAGCACACGAGGAUAGAUGGGUUGAGGCCACAUUUGCAUGCUUGUAGUGUGCUAUUGAAUUCCGUGGUUAUGGAUAGGCUGACUGAUUUGCUGUGGAAAGUUUAUAAGAAGAUGGUUAGGAUUGGAGUUGCAGCUAAUAUUCAUGUCUACAAUGUGUUGAUUUGUAAAUCUGGGGAUGUGGAAAAAGCAGAGAAAUUGUUGAGUGAAAUGGAAUUAAAAUGUCUUUUCCCUGAUCUCCACAUACAAUGCGUUGAUUUCAUUGUAUUGCAAAAAGGGUAUGCACUAUGAUCUCCACCUGGGUUUGUUGGUCAGGGAGUUAAGUAAAAUUUGCAGGUUUUGAAAGUCUUUUUAUGGCCUAAAAUAAAGUCCUCAGACUUUGUUAGAGAGAUUCAAUGAAGCAAUAUAGGAGUUUAAUAUAUAAAAAAGUAAAUGCGAUUAUUCAGUAUUACCAUCUAAAAUUGGCUUAAUUUUGUUGGUAGUAUAUACGGAUGAUUUUUUUAUCAUCGAAAGUGACUCUAUAGGUAUUUCAACUCUUGAAAACUUUCUCCAGAC